AGUUCUCUCUUUCUCUCUCUUUCUCUCUCUCUACCAAAACAAAGCCCUGAAACCAUGGAAGCUGUUGCUAAACUCCACCACCGUCACCAACCACUCCACCUCUCACUCCAUCACGACAGUCCAUCAUUCUCAAAACCCAUUUAUUCACUCUCCUUCCCAACCCCUCCACCCCCAUCAUCACCGUCCCUCAAAUCAUCAUCAGCACCACAAACCCCAAAACCCCAAUUCACCAAAACCCUAAACCCCUUCCCAUUCUCUUUCCUCAAAACCACUCUCAUCUCCGCCGUCGCCGCCGCCGCCGUCUUCUCCAAUCGCUUCAACCUCAAACCCGUCAUCGCCGCUACGCCGCCGCCAGCCGCCGCAGCGGAGGAAGCUGAGAAAUCCCUCGAAGACGUUCAAGCCCUUCGGGACUUAAUGGAAGCGAAGGUCAACAACGGGAAGGUCGACGAAGCGAUUUCAAUUGCUGAACAGUUGAUGAGACUCGAACCAAACGAUAUGGAGUGGCCAUUGUUGAAAGCUCACAUGCAUUGCUACAAUGGAGAGCUUGAAAUGGCGAAAUUAGGGUUUAAUGAGAUACUUGACAAGGACUCUUUGCUGGUGGAGGCUUAUCAUGGGUUGGUAAUGGCUGUACCGGAGGGCGAUUUGGGUUUAGAAUUGAAGGAGAUUGAGAAGAGGGUUGGGGAGGCAAUGGAGAUUUGCAAGAGAGAGAAAAAGGAAGAGGUUUUGAGGGAUUUUAAGCUUUUGAUCGCUCAAAUUAGGGUUAUUGAAGAGAAUUAUAGUGAUGCAUUGAAGGUUUAUCAGGAGCUUGUGAAUGAAGAGCCUAGGGAUUUUAGACCCUAUUUGUGUCAAGGGAUUAUAUAUACUCUGUUGAGGAAGAAAGAUGAAGCAGCGAAGCAGUUUCAGAAGUAUAGAAUGCUUGUUCCUGAGGGGCAUCCAUAUGCACAAUAUUUCAAUGAUAAUAUGGUUGCAAAUAAGGAUUUUGGGCAGAUGUUGGGAAAUGAGAGAGUGGGUUCGAAGAGUUGAGCGAAACCGGUCAUCUGUUUUUUUGUUGUUGUGAGACCAUGAAUCGCGGGUUGGGGCGUAGUGAUGGAGGCUUUACCGGCACAGGAAGGUUCCUUUUUUGUAACUCUGAUCUGGUCUAUUUUUUUUAUCAUGUUUUGGAUAACAUUUUGUUUGUAGAAUUGUAAUUAGGCUGGUUAUAUAUUGCCAAGAACAUAGCAGUUCAAUGAAAGUUUUGUGGUUGGUUAAAUGGAUU